UUACAGCAAAGUCUCCCGUCCAACGACCACGAUGACUGCGCCAGCUCUGCUCUCUGCAGCAAUGCUGCUUCUGCUGCUUCCCGGGACUUUGACUGAAGGAAGAAGUUCAGUUCCCAUUAAAGUGGUGGUGGAGAACAGCUUAGCAAACACCCCACCUGUGACCUUCAGUACUCAUGUGGUUUUCAGAGGGGUCCUACUGGGCGCAUUGAAGCGACUCAUGGACUCCAAUUCAAACUUUAAGUUCACCUACACAGAGGAUCCAAACUAUGGCCCAUACCUGGAGAGCGUGAAUGGUGUGGCUGGAAAUGAUAAAGACCAUACAUACUGGGAGCUACUGGUCAAGACUCAAGAUGGCAAAAUCAUAAGGCCUGAUGUUGGUAUUGGAUGUUACAUUCCAAGCACAAAUGAGCAAAUCAUUCUAAAAUUUACCAAGUGGUGAAUAAGCAACUUACACCGUACAUCAACACAAGAUCGCAGCCAGUGAUGGAAUCAACUGUAUGACAUACAUAAACUAUCAAGCAACAUGCAUCUGUAUUUAAUGUCGAGUGAAUAAAGUAAUAAUGAAGUAC